CUGUAACAAGGUUUGCUCUCGCUCUACUGCGCACCCUGAUUUCUUCACGUUGUCACAGACUCACAGCUCUGCCAAGAUAAGAUGGACGUCGAACAGCUCCAUGCAAGGAGGCUCCUGUCGCAGGCCGCGGCGGCGGCAGCUGCCCCCUCGCAGGGGCCGGCCGUGCACGAGCAGGUGCAGGUGGCCGAAGCGCGCGCGCGCGCCGCUGCACCCUUCAGCUCGCUGAACGCGACGGUGAUCACGGUGCUGUCGCUGCUCCUGUGCGGCGUUGUCGUCGUGCUCGCGGUGCACGCGGUCGUGCGGUGCGCGUUCCGCGUCACGUGCCGCGUGUGCUACGGCCAGGAGGAGCCCCCUGGCGGCGGCGCCGGGGAGUCGGGGGCCUCCUCCUCCUCCUCCUGCCAGGACGACCCCAGGAGGAAGGCCGGCCGGUCCCGCCGGCGCGCGCUCCCGCCGCCGGUGGUCUACCCGCCCGAGGUCGAGCUCGCCGGGUGCGGCGCGGCGGAAUGCGCCAUCUGCCUCACCGAGUUCGCGCACGGCGACCGCGUCCGCGCGCUGCCGCACUGCAACCACGGGUUCCACGUGCGGUGCAUCGACCGCUGGCUCGCCGCGCGGCAGACGUGCCCCACGUGCAGGCGGGCGCCGUUCGCCGCUAAACCCUCCCUGCCGGGAAGAGCGGAGGCGCCGGAGGGCGCGCAGCUUCAGGUGCGAGUUGACGCUGGUGCCGGGCAGAACGAGACUCAAUAGCGGAAAGCUAUGGAGAUUAACUGUAUAGUGUUGGUGGACAGUGAAAAUUUUUGAACGUGCUCUCAUCUGUGACACUGCAGUCAUGAUGCUUUUUUAGUUUGCA